AUGGUUCAAUUAACAAGUCAAAUGAUGAUUAUGGAUAAUAAAAUUACAUUUUCAAAUCCAUUGACAGCAGCUCAAUCACCAUUCGGUGGACGAUAUUCACCAACAAAUCUUUAUAGAGCAGCAGCAGCCGCAGCCGAUAGUCGUCGAUAUAUGCCAACUGCAUCGUGGAAAAGUAAUUGUUUUGUCGACAAUUUCAAAUUUGAUCCAAAUGCAAACUUUUUUCCAACAAUCGAUGAUUCAUUUUUAGCUCGUGCAGAAGCUUUGACUAAACCCGAAUCAUUUUAUUCGUCUCAUUUUCCAUCGACAUUUUCCAAUCAAACACCCGUUACGAGAUUCGAAUCAUCCAACGGUAUUAAUCAUUCAAAUCAUAUUGGUCUUUCAAUGACUUCACCUUCAUCACAAGAUCAACUAAGUUCACAUCAUAAUCCAUUUUAUAAUCAUUCAACAAUGAAUGGUAUGUCCGUACAUCAAAUAGCAAUGCAUCCACACGAUCUUGAUAUUGAUCCACGUGAACUUGAAGGUUUUGCAGAAAGAUUUAAACAAAAACGUAUUAAAUUAGGUGUUACUCAAGCGGAUGUUGGUCAACAAUUAUCAAAAUUAAAAAUGCCUGGUGUUGGAUCUCUUUCACAAUCAACGAUAUGUCGAUUUGAAUCAUUAACAUUAUCACAUAAUAAUAUGGUAGCAUUAAAACCUGUUCUACAAGCAUGGCUUGAAUUUGCUGAAGCCGAAGCAAGAAGUAAAAAAAAAGAAGAACUCAAUGGUCAUAAUAAUAAUGAUAAAAAACGAAAACGAACAUCGAUCGCUGCACAAGAAAAACGUUUAUUGGAAGGAUUUUUUUCCGUUCAACCACGUCCAUCUGGUGAAAAAAUAGCACAAAUUGCUGAAAAAUUAGAUUUAAAAAAAAAUGUUGUACGUGUAUGGUUUUGUAAUCAACGACAAAAACAAAAACGAAUGAAAUUUGCAUCAAUGCAACUGGGCUAA